ACUGCCGCGAUGUUUUGCCACGUUGUUGCGAGGAAUAUCAAUAUUUCGCGUAAUAGAAAUAUUAAUGAAUUAACAUUGAUGAAAAUUUUGUUGGCAAGCUACUGUAAAAGUUACUUUUUUUCUUCAUUUGCAUUCGUUUAUUAAGCUCUGAUGUUGAUUCACGUAGUUGGGAUCAGCUGCGUUUAUCGUAGCAAGAUGGCGUGCUUCUCGAUCGUGUAAUUUUCUUGCCUGAAAGAGAAAGUAAGGUUAGGUUAGGUUAGUGUGUACAGUGUAAUCAGAUAUAUUUUUUUCACGAUGCAAAAGUAUUCGCGUGAAAGUGAUUAUAGAUCCAGGAAGGAAUAUGAUGAUGAUUACAAACGUAAGGAUCGAACAUCGCGAAGAGAUCGCGAUUACGAGGAUCGUCGAUCUAAGAGAUCGAGUUCGAGAUCAAGGCACAAAUAUUCAGAAAAAUCCAGUGAGAGGCAUAAAAAAUCACGGGACGAAGACUCUCGCUCACAUCACGAUUCACGGAAAAAGUCUUCCAAGCACAAAAGCCGAAGAAGAGAAACGUCUUCGUCGUCUUCGACCUCGAGCAGAUCUAGCGAUGUCUCGGAUUCGUCCUCGGAUUCUACGAAAUUGUUGGAAAAACUACAGAAGCAACGACAGAAGCAGAUGGAGGAACGCAAAAACCAGAAGGAGAUGAUGAAAGCGACAGAGACGCCAGAGGAAAAGCGUCUACGUCGCUUGAAGAAAAAGGAAGCCAAGGAACGGAGACGUAAGGAGAGAAUGGGUUGGGACAACGACUACUUGCAUUACACAAAUACGGACAAUCCAUUUGGAGAUGGUAACAUCCUGUCCACUUUCGUGUGGUCGAAGAAAUUGGGAAAGGAAGGCUUGCUCGGUGUAGGCAGAGAGGAAUUGGAGAUUCGUAACAGACACAAGCAGGAGGAAAAUAAAAGGGAAUUGGAGAAGGUGAAGAAAAGGAGGCAAGAGAGAGAACUGGAGCGACAGCAAAGGGAAGAAGAAAUGACAAUGCUACAAAGAGGUAAAGAAGCUGCACAGUUAGAACAGUGGGCCCGGCAAGAGGAUCAAUUUCAUCUCGAGCAAGCCCGACUGAGAUCUCGUAUUAGGAUCCAGGAUGGCCGUGCGAAACCUAUCGAUCUUCUCGCAAAGUACAUCAGUGCGGAGGAGGAAGUUGACGCUGUAGAAAUGCACGAGCCAUAUACGUACUUGCGAGGAUUGCAGGUGAAGGAUUUGGAGGAUCUCAUAGAAGAUAUAAAGGUUUACAAGGAACUGGAGAGAGGCAAGAAUUUAGAUUACUGGAACGAUAUUACGGUGAUCGUGGAGGACGAAUUGCACAAACUCAGAAAGUUGGAACGAACGGAAUACGAAGUUGCUCUGGGCAGAAGAGAAGGAAUCCACGAGUCGGUUGCCAAGGACGUUACGGCCAUUUUUAAGGGCAAAACAGCAUCGCAAUUGGAAGCCUUACAAAUGCAGAUUCAGGCGAAAAUUACGGGUAAGCCGGAAGGCGUCGACAUUGGAUACUGGGAGAGUCUUCUGUCACAGCUGAAAGCGCACAUGGCGAGGGCGCGGCUGAGAGAUCGACAUCAAGAGAACCUACGGAAGAAAUUGGAGGUUCUAAUCGCCGAGCAAGGUGUGGCCAGAACGGAGAACGAAGCUGAGAGCUCGCAAGCGCAGGAGAGCGAGCCCUCCGCAAAGCAGAACGAGCCCUCCACGAGUGCGGCAGUCGAGAAGAACGAUAAUAGCCAAUCUGAUGAUGAUCAGGAGGUGAACGCCGCCGACGAUCUACUGUCCGAAUCUUUCCGCGAUUACGAAGCAGGCAGUUAUUCGCCGAUGUACAUGCCGUACUCGCAGCUAGAACCGGGCACGCUCGUUACGUUGGAGGACGAUGACAGUCAGCGAUUGGAAUACGCGAGGCAGCAGGUGGUCAGCACCGGCAGAAAAAUUCAGAACGUUCUGACGGCCGAGGAGCAAGCCAUGCAUCGGGAGGCGCGCAAGGGAAUGGGCUCGGACGAGGCGCAAUUCAGCGUCGAAUCGUCGUUGGAGGCGCAGAUCUAUUUAUGGUCUGACAAGUACCGACCGCGUAAGCCGCGUUACUUCAAUCGCGUGCACACUGGCUUUGAAUGGAACAAGUAUAAUCAAACACAUUACGACAUGGACAACCCGCCACCGAAGAUCGUGCAGGGCUACAAGUUCAACAUCUUUUAUCCGGAUCUCAUCGACAAGAAUACCACGCCGGAAUACUUUCUGACACCCUGCGCUGAUAAUAAAGAUUUUGCGAUUCUGCGGUUUCACGCAGGUCCACCUUAUGAGGACAUUGCAUUCAAGAUUGUCAAUCGAGAAUGGGAAUAUUCGUAUAAACGUGGAUUCCGGUGUCAGUUUCACAACAACAUUUUCCAGUUGUGGUUCCAUUUCAAGAGAUACAGAUAUCGCCGUUAAUAUAACAUAUGCAUUGUUUAUUCGAUAUUUGUAAUUUUAUGGACAAUUCUUGUAUAUACUUAAAUAUGUAUUCUAACGUACAAUCUACCGUACGUCGCAAAUUUUUUUAAUAAAUUUGUACAAAAAAUAAAAAAAAUUUACAUUAAGCGA